GUGUCCAGGGUCAGCAGCCCAGAGGCGGAAAGGCGCCGCUCCCGCAGCUGGGUGGCACCGAUUGCCAAGUGGGGCGGGGGUCGCGGUGCAGCCCUGGCAGGGACGCGUGCGCGGCUCGGGAACACAGGGAGACGCAGGGCCUGCGGCGGACGCUGUGUGUGUCCCCCGGAUUCGGGCAGGAUGAAGCCCGCGGCCCCUCGCCGCCUGCUCCUGUGCGCCGUGUGCCUGGCGCUGUGCUGCGUGGGCGGCGCGCGCGAGUCCUGGACCAGGGGCAACCACGAGUGGAAAAAGCUAAUUAUGGUUCACCACUGGCCUGUAACAGUGUGCAAGGAAGUUGAAAAGGACUGCCGAGACCCUCCUGACUACUGGACCAUACACGGACUAUGGCCUGACAAAGCAGAGGAGUGCAACAGAUCCUGGCACUUUAAUUUCCAAGAGAUUAAGGACCUUCUGCCAGAAAUGAAGAUGUACUGGCCUGAUGUCCUCCAUCCGCAAAAUCGCAGCCAUUUCUGGGCGCACGAGUGGGAGAAGCACGGCACGUGCGCGGCGCAGGUGGACGCCCUCAGCUCUCAGAAGAAAUACUUCGGGGGAGGCCUGGAUCUGUACCAGGAGCUGGCGCUGAACAGCAUGCUCCAAAAAUUGGGAAUAAAGCCAUCUAUCAAUUACUACCAGGUGUCAGACAUUAAAGACGCCCUUGCCAGCGUGUACGGAGUCAUCCCUAAAGUCCAGUGUCUUCCGCCAAAAUCGGGUGAGGAGGUGCAGACGAUCGGCCAGAUAGAGCUGUGUUUCACCAAGGAGCUGAAGCCGCAGAACUGCACGGAGCCCGGGGAGCCCGUGGAGCCUGCGUCCCAACGGCCUGGGGCAGGGGCGGCCGGGGGCCCGGGGCUGGAGGUCUGUGAGGACGGCCCCGUCUUCUACCCCCCACCCGACGGGACGGCUCACUGACCCCCGCUCCGGAAACACUGUCUAAACGCAGGAGAAAUUCACAAACCGCCUUGUCAACAAGCAGCCCCGACGUGAAACUGUUCUCAACUGGAAGCCGCCCGUCUGUCUUCCCGUCUUGGCGUCCGGGAGCAGAUCCCGCGGGCCCGUAAGCUGGGUGCGUUGUGGGGACCCUGAAGGGAAGGAAGUGCCUCAGGCCUUGGCCGCUGCUGGGCGGCUGGAAUAAUAAAGGAUACAGAUUUUCCUUGUUU